AUGCCCAAGCACCCGGCCCUGGACAACGAGAGCCAACAGCGCGCCGGCGGGCAAGGGCACAACCCACCAGAGGGUAGUGUGGCAGGGGAAGCAGUGGGCCCUCAAAUGAACCCCAAGAAGGGACCGCCCAACCACCCCAGCCAGUGGGCCGACCACAGCAACAAGGAGCCAGACCCCGGGAGCCCCAAACAGCCCCAGGGAAGUCGAAGCGCCAGCCCCGCCCCCGGCACCCCUCCAAGCCCCAAGUCCACCUGCAGCCCAGGCCCCACCAGACGGUCUGCCCCCCCUCCAGACCCCAACCCCAGAAGGCCAACGGGGAACGGGGGAACCAACCCAGGGAAUGAGGCCCCAAGACCUCUUCCUCCGGACAGACCGCCAGGCCCAGAAGGCCCCAGAUCACAGACAAACAGAGCCCAGAUGACCACCAGGAACUGGGACCAACAAUCCACCCACCCCAGAGCCAUCCAGAACCCAAAGACCCAAUCCCCAUCCCUACAGCCAGCCCGCAACCCAAAGAGGCUGCCGAAACACAGCAAGCAUGUUCCAGCUGAGAGCGCACACCUAGCCGCCGACAGCGCAAAGAGGGACCAAGAGCGAGCCUCCGCCACAAUAAAGGGACCAGCCAGCCAACCCAGCACAGCCCCAAACCGCCACCAAGGCUACCCACCCAGCCCCAUCCCAGAAGAAAUACUAUACCCACCAUAUCAUUUAGACAACUCUCAUAACAUAUAG